GAGGGUGGGCAAACUCACAUUCCGGGAAUAAUCCCAGUGGAGCCCAGUAAAUAGAGUCUUUUUAGGGAAGUGACACAGCAGACUCUGGCUCCCAUUUUCAUUUGUAUUAGAUUACUAAUUUGAUCUGCUUUAGAAGUGAAAUUGAACUCACACCGGUGUUUAUGUUCUGAAGGGUGACAGGUUAUGGAAUACUUAGCAGAAUUAAAGUUAUUUUCUUCUCUAGAAAAGACAUCUGUGGAGAGUGGGCAGCAUUUGGUUUCAAGUGUUUGACGGACAGUUCUAUAGUCUAUCAUUGAAGCUCCAUAGGGUACUAGGUCUCUGUGAAGUGAAGGUCCAGGGAGAUGGAUUUUCACCGUAUCACCUGAAGACCCCCUAAUGGCUAACAGACUCCCUGCUGAAGUAUUUGAGAGUACAGUAUCUAGCAAAUUUACUGACAACAUAGGGAACUGACUUUCUUACCCUGGGUGGAGGUUGACCCAGAAAACCUUCAGCCCUCUCCAGGAGUACAACCCAAGUACCAGUCAUGAUGGUCAUAAUCAGUAUUUAUUAACAUAUGUUCUCUUUCUUUUUUCUCUCUAUCUAGAUUAGAAAUUAAGUUUAUGUGAAUAUUUGAAAUUCCUUUUUUCCACCAAUCAUACAGCGUUGGCAUCAACUAAUGUCAAAGUUAACCAGGAUCUUGAACAAAGGCUGCCAAAUUCCCAGUAAUUGCUACUUUGACCUUCUAGGGACUGACUCCAAAGAAGAUAAGAAAGAAUCCAGCAGUGGUUCCUUAUUCUCAUUCAAGACCUGCUUCCUGCUGAGUCUGCAGAUAGGAGACUGGAGACCGGAGCAUCUACCCUAUCCAUGGAAACUCAGGCUGAUCAUGUAUCUCAGGAACCUCAGGCCCUGCUUGAGAGUGGUGAGGAACAGGGAUUCAUUCAUUCUGUUAUUCAGUCAUUCAGCAAUCAUCUGUUGAAGUCUCUCAUUUACCAGCUCUUCCUUCGUCAAAAGUUCCUGCCUUUUCCAGCAAGGACAGCCUGGGGGAUGAGAUGUUGGCAGCUGCACUCCUAAAGGCCAAGUCCCAGGAAUUGGUGACAUUUGAGGAUGUUGCUGUGUACUUCAUCCGGAAGGAGUGGAAGCGUUUGGAACCUGCUCAGAGGGACCUCUACAGGGAUGUGAUGCUGGAGAAUUAUGGGAAUGUGUUCUCACUGGAUGGUGAGACCAGAACUGAGAAUGAUCAAGAAAUUUCUGAAGAUACAGGAUCACGUGGGGUGCUACUGGAAAGAUUCCAAAAGGAUAUUUCUCAGGGUCUUAAGUUUGAAGAGGCCUAUGAACAAGAAGUUAGUCUAAAGAGGCAUCUGGGGAACUCCUCUGGAGAAAGAUUGAACAGAAAAAUGGAAGAUUUUGCUCAAGUGACAGUUGGGGAAAAACUAACUCCUAUGGGAGAGAGAAGUAAGAAAUAUGAUUUUGGGAACAGCUUCAGUUCCAACCUUAUUUCACAUCAGAGACUUCCUGUUGGAGACAGACCCCAUAAGUGUGAUGAAUGUAGCAAGAGCUUUAAUCGAACUUCAGACCUUAUUCAGCAUCAGAGAAUCCACACUGGGGAAAAACCCUAUGAAUGUAGUGAAUGUGGGAAGGCCUUCAGCCAGAGCUCACACCUUAUUCAGCAUCAGAGAAUCCAUACUGGGGAGAAACCUUAUGAAUGUAAUGAUUGUGGGAAGACCUUCAGUUGUAGUUCUGCUCUCAUUUUGCAUAGGAGGAUCCACACUGGGGAGAAACCUUAUGAAUGUAAUGAAUGUGGGAAAACCUUUAGCUGGAGCUCCACCCUUACUCACCAUCAGAGGAUCCAUACUGGCGAGAAACCUUAUGCCUGUAACGAAUGUGGGAAGGCCUUCAGCAGAAGUUCCACCCUUAUUCAUCAUCAGAGAAUCCACACUGGAGAGAAACCCUAUGAAUGUAAUGAGUGUGGGAAGGCUUUCAGCCAGAGCUCACACCUCUAUCAGCACCAGAGAAUCCACACUGGAGAGAAGCCCUAUGAAUGUAUGGAAUGUGGAGGAAAGUUUACCUAUAGUUCAGGCCUUAUUCAGCAUCAAAGAAUCCACACAGGGGAGAAUCCCUAUGAAUGUAGUGAGUGUGGGAAAGCUUUCAGGUAUAGCUCAGCACUUGUUCGCCAUCAGAGAAUUCACACUGGAGAGAAGCCAUUGAAUGUAAUGGGUAUGAACAAAAGUUCUCUCAGAGUUACUGCUGAGUUAAAUAUUAGAGAGUCUACAUGAAAGAGCCCACAUACCUGUUUUCUUCCCUUCCUCUGAGUCUUGAGAGCUCUUGCCUUACUAUACAGUAUAAACAACUUAGGUUGUGUCCCUUCUAAUGCAAACCUUUCACUUUAGAGAAUGGGACAAAUUUGGCAAAUCACUCUGGCACAGUGAUCAGCAGCCUAGUGAAUUUCACCAGGAAACCUGCCAGCCUUGGAAAAUGAUGAGGCCAGCUGCUGAUCAUGUGCUGGGAAUAGAAGGAAGCUCUGGGACCAGUCACCUCAUUUUGGAAGAGUUUGCACUAAUCCAUUUUUCUUAGAGUAGAGAAGCCUUUCCAAGGUGGAGAUGGAAGCACAAUAGGGACAAAAUUUCAAGGAUUCCUCUAGUUGGAGUCAGUUUAGUCAGCACAGAAAGCAGUGUAAAGAAUAUUCUGGGUCUUGUUUUUUGGUAGGAAGGAGAAAUGGAGGCUACGUUUCAAAGCCACUGUUCUUAAUCCAGUUUUAAGUUUUGCUGAGACCAUACUGUUUGUUUCAUGGUUUCAUUAAUUAUGGACAUUUGGUAUUAAGGGAUUUAUUAAGGUUGGGGGGAAAGACCCUCAACAUUUUCUGUGAUGACUAUAUCCUUGAGGGCUCUUGAAGUGGCAAGACCAUGUUUCCAAGAGCAGUCUGUCCAUGCUGUAGGCAGACCCCUACCCUUCCCUAUUGGAACAGGGCUGACUAGGAAAUCCAUCCAAGCAGUGAGUAACCUGAGGAUGAUGUUCAGGAGCAUUCACCAUUGGCCUCUGAAUCCUGUCCUCUCUUUCCUUUCCCACACAUUUGAUGAAAAAUGAAUUUAUCUAAACCCCUGCCUAGUUACUAAGGAUGCUUUUCAAGGAGCUCACACAGUCUCCUUGUCCUUCCCCUCUGCCACCUUUGACAUCUGACUCUAGCAGCCAGACCACUCUUGACUCCACUUCUGUUAUUCAGCAGCUAAGGGUUAAUGCAUACGAAAGCUCCAAAAAGGAAUCCUGUGGCCUGAGCCUUGUGACAGGGCUCCUUGCUGGGUUAGGAUGGAGCUCCCCAAAUUUUCCCCAAUUGAAAGGAUGGCCUUUCAUUGUGUUUUCCCAAACCUGCUCAUCCUAUAGCAUAACUGAAGUGCACUAUUAAACAGAAUAGUUUUU